AUGUCACUUGCACACACAGCUGCAGAGUACAUGCUCUCGGAUGCCCUGCUGCCUGACCGCAGGAGCCCCCGCCUCAAAGGACUGCGCCUGGAACUGCCCCUGGACCGGAUAGUCAAGUUCGUAUCUGUGGGCGCCCCCUUGUUGCUGAUGUCCCUGGCAUUCGCCCAGGAGUUCUCUUCUGGGUCUCCGAUCAGUUGCUUCUCUCCCAGUAACUUCAGCAUCCGGCAGGCAGCCUAUGUGGACAGCUCCUGCUGGGACUCACUGGUUCACCACGAGCAGGACGGGCCUCGUCAGGACAAGAUGAAAUCUCUCUGGCCCCACAAGGCCCUCCCCUACUCCCUGCUGGCCCUGGCCUUGCUCAUGUACCUGCCGGUGCUGCUGUGGCAGUACGCAGCUGUGCCAGCCCUCAGCUCCGAUCUGCUGUUCAUCAUCAGCGAACUGGACAAAUCCUAUAAUCGCUCCAUCCGCCUGGUGCAGCACAUGCUGAAGAUCCGGCAGAAGAGCUCUGACCCCUAUGUGUUCUGGGAUGAGUUGGAGAAGGCUCGGAAAGAACGAUACUUUGAAUUCCCUUUGCUAGAGCGGUACCUGGCAUGUAAGCAGCGUUCACAUUCACUAAUGGCUACCUACCUCCUGAGGAACUCUCUCUUGCUCCUCUUCACCUCCGCAACUUACCUAUACCUUGGUCAUUUCCAUCUGGAUGUCUUUUUCCAGGAAGAAUUCAGCUGCUCCAUCAAGACAGGGCUGCUAAGUGAUGAGACCCAUGUCCCCAAUCUCAUCACAUGCAGGCUGACAUCGCUGUCCAUUUUCCAGAUUGUUAGCCUCUCCAGUGUAGCAAUAUACACCAUAUUGGUUCCAGUGAUCAUAUACAACCUCACACGGCUAUGUCGAUGGGACAAACGACUCUUAUCUGUCUAUGAGAUGCUCCCAGCUUUUGAUCUCCUCAGCAGAAAGAUGCUAGGGUGUCCCAUCAAUGACCUCAAUGUGAUCCUUCUUUUUCUCCGAGCUAACAUCUCUGAGCUCAUCUCUUUUAGCUGGCUGAGUGUCUUAUGUGUGUUAAAGGAUACGACCACCCAGAAGCACAAUAUUGACACAGUAGUUGAUUUUAUGACUUUAUUGGCUGGCUUAGAACCCUCAAAACCCAAACAUCUCACCAACCCAGCAUGUGAUGAACACCCAUAGUUAAGAAACCAUGGAGCCAGAAAUUUUGUGGAAAGUCUCUCUCCUUCCUCAUAAGACAUGCCCACUAAUACACAUAUACACACACACACACAAAAAUACACACUUUAAAAUUGCUAAGCUUGGACUUAACUGAAUCAUGUAUCUUUUAUCAUGUUAUCCUAAAAGUGAGAAGACAUAAUCAAGACAUGGAAAUAAAUGUGAAAGCUGGAGCUGAAGAGUCAAAGAGCUAAAAAAUUAAGUCUAGAACAUUCUAUGAGGACAGUAUAAAUAAAAGAAAUAAAGUCUAGGCAUGCUGCAAGGAAAGAAGAUUCUAGAGGCCAUUUAUGGAGGCAAUUUCAUAUCCUUUCUUGGACGCACAUUCAGCUUACCCCAGAGAGCAAGUGAGGCAAUCUGGCAAGUGAUUAAUAAAGAUGUAAACCCC